GUGAUUACUAACUUGACCCAAGCAUUAGAGAGGCAAAAGGAGAGAAUAGAGUUGAUGAGAAAGUUUACACUGUGGCGGAUUCAGUAUGUUAAAGCCAAACAAGAGGAAUAUGCAAAUAGAAUAGCAGACAGACAAUUCCGGACAGCUUUAAUGAAGAAAGUAUGGGCAGCAUGGCGCUCUCUUAGUGAAGAAAAAUGGAAAGAAAAAGUAGCAAAAGCCUGUCAGUUAAGGGCAGAAGAUGUCUGUGUUCAGCUCACCAAUGAUUAUGAAGCCAGAAUUGCAGAGCUAACUGCUACUUUGGAACAGACAAAAGCUGAAAUUCUGCGACUGCACAGUGAAAGAGAACAGUAUGAAGACACCAUGAAGAAAGCCUUUAUGCGUGGUGUAUGUGCUUUGAAUCUGGAAGCAAUGACCAUGUUUCAUGGCAAGGACAGUAGGACAGAUCCUGAUGUAGGAAGUAGGAGAAAUGAUAAUGGUACCAUUCUUUCAGGAAGGCUACCUCCUUCACAAUGUAAUCUGCCCUCACCACCACCUCAACCAGCAACUACUCUUCAGCUGGAAGACAUGUUUUCUGCCCACCUGGGUCAUGCAAGCACUUCUCAGACCAGGCUAGAUUCUGAUUCUCCAGCAAUUGUCACUAGUACAGCUGCAGGAUCUGGUGUGGCGUCAACUCAAAAACUGCCCAUGGCAAAAGUAAUAACAUCUGCUCAACAGAAAGCAGGAAGAACCAUCACUGCUCGAAUCACAGGCCGAGCUGAUAUGGGCCAAAAAGCCAGAGUCUGUGGCAGUGUAGCAGUGAUGGGAGUUGCUCCACCCAUGAGUUCAGUCAUUGUUGAAAAACAUCAUCCAGUCACUCAGCAAACUGUAUCCCAAGCCACUGCUGCUAAAUAUCCUCGAACUGUGCUGCAUUCUUCUGGUUCCACCACUGUAAGACCUGCAGGCCAAGUUGGGCGAAUGCUCCAGGGCCAAGCUCAUACCAGUGUUCAGUCAAUAAAAGUUGUUGACUGAGUGAAUAUGUUUCUCACUGGUG